GCGGCAUGUGCGUACGAAGCCUCCGAGGCGGACCGGGCCGCGCUCGUCCGGGAGUUCGUGGAGCGAGUGCAGCAGCUGGGCGUCGCCGGAGCCGCCGGGCAUCUCGAGAUCGUCGUUACCGCCGACACGCAGCAGGGCGCUGCCAAAGGCCGUCGCGAUCCCAUCCUGGCGCACGGCGCGGUGCCGCAAGAGCUGCCGCUCAAAGACUUCGCGCAGCUGCCGGAAGUGAGCGAUGCCAUGGCCCGCCUCGAGCCAGAGGACGCGAUGCAGGUCGUCGUGUACGCCGCAUCGUGUGGCGACCUCCUGUCGCGCAACGGCACCGGCUACGGCACCUUCUACUUGCUGCCGCCGGAUGUGGCACGGGACUGCGGCGGCUCGCUAGUGUCGGGGGGCGAGCACGUGUGGCUGACUGAGGCCAGGCUCGCCGCUGUCCGCGGUGCUGAUCCACGCCUGGCGGAGGCGCUGCUCCGCUUCCGCAACGUCAUCGACGACGCCAUGCUGGCGGGCGGCGACUCCAAGGCGGACCUGAAGAUGCACGUCAAGGUCGAGCACGCGAAGUGCGACCACCGCCUCCAGUGCCUCUGCAGCAGCAACCCCAGCAACGCGGUGUGCCAGCCUUGCCCCGGCUCCGACGCCUCGGAUGCCACGUUCGAGCUGCACCGGGACGCCGCUUGCCCUGAGGAGCGCGACCGGUGGGUCGCCGCGUGGCAGCGGACGCUGGUGAGCGGCCUCGCGCACGCGCUCUUCGAGCUGCUCGCCACUCGCUGCCCGUACUCGCCCCGCGCCUCGUUCUUCAUUUCGGGGGGCAACCAGACCGCCGAGCAACGCGCACGCACUGAGGCGCUGUACGCCGAGGCGCAGCUCGAGGCCAAGCACGAGUCAAAGGAGACGAAGAGAAAAUUCCUCAACAAUCACGUCGAGGGCCUGGCGAAGGCCGAGGCGCACGGGCUGGGGCGUCCUGGUCUGCUGCCGGCGUGGCAGCACGGCAAGGGCGGCUCGCUCAGCCGGCAGCAGCUGGUGCGGCAAGAGGGGAUGCGCACCGUCUUGCUCGCGGCCGUGCCGCUCGCCCAGCUGAGCCUCCCUGCCGGCUGCACGCGGCGCGAUGCCCCAUGGUAUUACGGCGUCGCGUCGAUGCUCAUCAAGAACGAGAACGGCGUGUCGGCGUACGUCAUGUCGGCCGCUGCGCGCGGCGCGUCGCUCAAAGGCGUCGAGGGGAUCGGAGACCUCUUUGGCCUCCGCGCGGAGGCGGAGCUGGGCCUCAUGCACGCCGUGCCGCGGCAGCCCGCUUGAUGGCGUCAGCCUGAGGCGAGGCGAGGAGGCGAGGCGAGGGACGGGGCAGCAGCGGGGCACGCAGCGGGACCUGACAGCGGGGGAAACGACGGGGGGGGGGGAGGCUGACGGCGCGCGAGGAGCGUGCCCAGGUCGCAGCCGACGCGCAGAACGAGCGGCGAGUUCGCACAUGUGCAUGCACGUUUCGCGUAUGCGCGCACGUUUUGGGUGGAGUACCGGCGGAGGGAGCAGAGUGCAGAGAGGGAUGUUUGCGUUGAAUGUUGUACUUCGCGGAUUGUUUUGAGCGAACAAAA